AUGUUCUCACGCAAGCACCGGCGGCAGGAGCAGGCGGCGCCAGCCAAGGCGGAGGCAGCCGCCGCUGUCGCCGUUGCCGCCGCGCCGGCCACCACCGCAGCGCCCCACUUGCUCACCAGCUACCUCCCCAUCGCGUAUGGGGAGUUCCGCCAGGGGUAUGACAAGGACACGAGGGACACGCGGGCGGUGUUCUAUGGCCUGCGAUACAUCCUGGAAAACUUUGUGGCCCGGCGGUGGACCCUGCAGGAUGUGGAGCUGGCAGACCGCUUUUUCGGCUCGCACAUGGCCCCCGGAUACACCGCCUUCCCCUACCCAAAGGACCUCUUCCUCAAGUUCAUCGCCGAGAACGACGGCUACAUGCCGGUGCGGGUGGAGGCGCUGCCUGAGGGCACGUGCAUGCACGCCCAUGUGCCCGUCUUCCAGCUGACGGCUGAGGCGCCCUACGCCCCGCUCUGCACCUACCUGGAGACGCUGCUGACCCAGCUGUGGUACCCCACCACAGUGGCCACCCUUAGCCGGCGGUGCAAGGACCUGAUAGCGGCAGCGUUUGAGCAGAGCGUGGAUGCCGGCCGUUCCAGCCCGCUCCUCAACAGCCGGCUGCACGACUUUGGGUUCAGGGGUUGCACCUGCGUGGAGCAGAGCGUGCUGGGAGGGGUGGCGCACUUGCUCAACUUUGAUGGCACAGACACGCUGUCGGCGGCUUACUACGCCCAGUUUGCGCUCAACGGCGGCAGGCCGGUGGGGCAGAGCAUCCCCGCCACCGAGCACAGCGUCAUGACCAGCUGGCCGUCAGAGCGUGCCGCCAUCUCCAACAUGGUGUCCCACUUUGGCCGCGGCCUGUUUGCCACCGUCAUGGACUCUUACGACUACCAGCGGGCGCUGGACGAGGUGGUGCCUGCGGUGGCUGAGGAGAAGAACGCGCAGGGCGGCUUCUGGGUGCUGCGGCCAGACUCAGGGGACCCAACAGAGGCAGUGCUUCAGGGCCUGCGGGGCGCGGAGCGCGCGUUUGGGGCGGACGUCAACGGCAAGGGGUUCAAGGUGCUGCGAGGCGUCGGCGUCAUCCAGGGAGACGGCAUUGACUACCACAACAUCGAGGCCAUCCUAGAGGCGGUGCUGGCAGCAGGGUACAGCGCAGAGAACGUGGCGUUUGGCAUGGGCGGCGGCCUGCUGCAGCGCCUCAACCCCGUGGAUGUGAUGAAGGCGCCCAAGACUGGCCCGGAGAAGGGCUCCCUGCCCGGGCCGCUGGCAGUCAAGCGGGUGUCAGGCGUGCCCACCGUGUUCCCAGCAGACCAGGUGGCCCCAGAGGACAACCUGCUGCAGGUGGUUUACGACAAGCGGCCGGUGGAGGUGCAGUGGGAGAGCUUCGACAAGCUGCGGCAGCGGGUGGAGCGAGAGUGGGCGGCGCUGCCCCCCGCGGCAGAUGUGCUGGCGGCGCCGCUGCGGGAGAAGCGGGCGGCGGUGGCGGCGCGUCUGGGCGUGCAGGGCCAGGUGCUGGGGUAG